CGAUUAUCACAUCCGUGAUGUUGGAAGCCUGCCACUGAUCUCGGCCCAAGACAUGUCGUUUCAUUAAUAGACUUCACGGUCGGCGGGAAAUUAUCACGGUCUGGCGAUCAUGACAACUGACUUGCCCGCAAGGUGUGCAAAGUCUCCUGGAAGUUGUACAUCUUCACGAUCGGAUGACCGUGAUAAUAGCACCUUGGGUGUGAUCUCUGCCUGUUUGUCCAUUUCGCUCCAUUUCCUAGCGGCGGGUCACCGGCGGGCAAGGGCGCCGCUCCAUUUCCUUCCCCAUUUAUGAGUGUGUUCUCUUUGUUCUUGAGGGAUUCGUCAGUUUGGAUCUCCUUACUCCAUUUCUCCCUUUAUUUUCCGAUGAAUUUCAAAAAACAAAAGAAAAACAUCAAAGCAACAAAACAGAGCUAAAGCAAGUGCUUCUCCCCCUCAACAUGAAAAUUGAAAUAAAACAAUGAGAUGAAAGAAAAUCCGAGUUGUCUCCCUAGUAGCACUUUUAUUUUACAUUGUUAAGUUGGAUGCCAGACAUGGGUUGCCUCACAUGAAGCGCUCUUUCUUUUAUUCCUUUGAGCUAGGAAGUUUUCUACAUUCUUCAAGGUCCCAACUCAAGGCUUUCUUGAAGUCAAUCAUUUUGAAUGUAGGCUCCAAAUGUAUACCAUCCUUCUUCUCCUUUUGUCUUGAUAAUGGAUCAUGAAGCAAUAUCCACCUUAGUCACCAACUUGCACCUUUUACAACACAUAUUGAUCUUGAAUUUUAGGCAUCUGGUAGAGGUAAUGAUACAAGGAUGGACUCAUGUACUUCCCUCUUUGGGUUAGAUAUGACACUACGGUCUAUUGAAAUCUGGCUUGACUCCUUAAUGCAUCUCCAUUGAGAUUUUGACAUUUUCUUCGUGGUUUUUAACUUUAGGAAUAUCAUCCUCCAUUUUUUCACCAAGAGUGCCCGUGUGAAUGGUGAACUCUCCAUACUCUACCCUUACUUCCUCAAGAUUCUUGUUUUCCAAGGUUUUUGUAAAUCCUUGAGAAGGUGAUAUAGGGGGAUCUUGAAGGAGUCCAUCCACUUCAAAGCUUGGUUCUUCUAUGCAUAGAGCUUCCUUGUGGUAGGUGGGAUGACUACCCAUUGAGGUCUGGAUACCAUUAUUGCAGGGUGCAUCAGUCUUUUCUAAGAUUGAUUUGAGGUCUGGAUACCAUCAAUUGAAAGUGGCAGAUGGAGCAACCUCAAAGACAGCUUUUAGAACAAGAUAUGGGCAUUAUGAGUUCCUGGUAAUGCCUUUUGGACUCACUAAUGCACCAGCGGUAUUUAUGGCUCUUAUGAACAGAGGUUUCCAUGCAUAUCUUGAUAAGUUUGUGAUUUUGUUCAUAGAUGAUAUUCUCAUCUAUUCUAAAAGCGAGGAGGAGCACAAAACUCACCUUAGAAUUGUGUUGCAAAUUCUAAGGGAGAAACAAUUAUAUGCAAAAUUCUCAAAAUGUGAGUUUUGGUUGAAGGAGGUAAUAUUUUUGGGACAUGUAAUUUCUGGAAGAGGUGUCGAGGUGGAUCCGAAAAAGGUGGAAGCAGUGGUGAGUUGGGCUCCACCAAAAGAUGUGUCUGAGUUGAGAAGUUUUCUUGGCAUGGCGGGUUACUAUCGGCGGUUCGUAGAAGGAUUUUCUAAAAUUGCCGCACCAUUGACUAAAUUGUUGAGGAAGAAUACCAAGUAUGUUUGGGAUGAAUCAUGUCAAAAGAGUUAUGAUGAACUGAAGAAGAAAUUGACCACAGCACCAGUACUGGCUUUACCUUCAAACCAUGGAGAGUUUGUGGUGUAUAGUGAUGCCUCAUAUCAAGGACUGGGUUGUGUGUUAAUGCAAGAUGGAAGAGUUAUCGCAUAUGCCUCUAGGCAAUUGCGUCCUCAUGAAGUAAAUUAUCCCACUCAUGAUUUGGAGUUGGCAGCGGUGGUAUUUGCUCUCAAGAUUUGGCGACAUUAUUUGUAUGGUGAGACUUUUAAAAUCCUAACUGAUCACAAAAGCUUGAAGUAUAUUAUGGAUCAGAAGGAUUUAAAUAGUCGCCAGAGGAGAUGGAUAGAGUUGUUGAAAGAUUAUGAUUGUACCAUUGAUUACCAUCCAGGUAAAGCUAAUGUAGUUGCUGAUGCUCUAAGCAGAAAAGGCAAGAAGAAUAUAACGAAUCUGGUUGAUUUGAGGCCAAUGAAUGUGGAUUUGGAAGUGGAUGGUGUAACAGGGUUACUAGCUCGGUUGAACAUACGACCUUUGUUGCACGACAAAAUUUGUGAGAAGCAGAAGGAGGACUCAGAGUUGGCAAAAAUCAUUCAAGACAUUGAGGAAGGAAAAGAAAGCCCAUUUGAAAUAAUAGAUGGCAUGUUGAAGAUGAAUGGAAGAGCAUGUGUUCCUAAUGUUGAUAACUUGAGGAAAGAGAUCCUAGAUGAAGCUCAUUCUUCUGCUUAUGCUAUGCACCCAGGAGCUACUAAAAUGUAUCACACGAUCAAACCAUAUUUUUGGUGGCGUGGGAUGAAAAAGGAAGCGGCUGAACAUGUUUUCACAUGUCUAGUAUGUCAGAAAGUUAAGGCAGAACAUCAAGCUCCUGUAGGAAAACUGCAACCACUUCCAAUUCCAGAAUGGAAGUGGGAAAGAAUCACAAUGGAUUUUGUAUAUGGUCUUCCAUCAUCAAGGGGGAAAGAUGCGAUAUGGGUUAUUGUGGACCGACUAACCAAAUCGGCUCACUUUUUACCCAUUAGAUGGAAACCAUCACUGGAGACUUUGUCUCAACUAUAUAUUAAGGAGAUCGUCAGAUUGCAUGGUGUGCCAAUUUCUAUUGUCUCUGAUCGAGACCCGAGCUUCACAUCUCGGUUUUGGAAAAGUUUACAUGAUGCCUUGGGAACUAAACUGCAUUUUACUUCAGCUUAUCAUCCUCAAACAAAUGGCCAGAGUGAACGAACCAUCCUUACCUUAGAGGAGUUACUUCGAUCAUGUGUAAUGCAAUGGGAGGAAUCAUGGAUUGACCAUUUGCCCUUAAUUGAGUUUGCUUACAACAACCAGUACCAUAGUAGCUUGGGUGUUCCACCAUAUGAAGCACUUUAUGGGAGGAAAUGUAGAACACCAUUAUGUUGGGAUGUAGAAGGAGCAAGGCAAAUCUCAGGGCCAGAGAUAGUUCAGAUCACAGUUGAUAAGGUCAAGGAAAUCAGGGAGCGUUUGAGGGUGGCUCAAGAUCGACAGAAAGUUCAUGUGGACACGAGUAGGCGUGAAGUUAAUUUCGAGGUGGGUGAGAAAGUAUUUCUCAAAGUGUCACCAUGGAAAGGGGUGAUGAGAUUUGGUAAGAAAGGAAAGCUUGCACCUCGAUAUAUUGGACCAUAUGAAAUCACAGGGAAGAUUGGACCAGUGGCAUAUAAACUAGCAUUGCCUCCAGAGCUAUCUCAAAUCCACAAUGUAUUUCAUGUUAGUAUGCUGAAGAGGUACAAAGUGGAUCCUUCCCAUGUUAUACAACCAGAAGAGAUCGAGUUGGGUCCAGAUUUAACUUUUGAGGAGGUUCCAUUUGAGAUUGUUGAUUUUCAGAUUAAGACUCUUCGCAGGAAAGAAAUUCCAAUGUUGAAAGUGGUGUGGAGAAAUCAAGAUAGUGAGAGUGCUACAUGGGAAACUGAAGCAAGUAUGCGGGAGAAGUACCCUGAGUUAGUAGCAACCUACUUUACAGGUUAACAAUCUUGCUUAGUAAGUUAUGUUUUGAACUUGUUGAUGUGCUUUUGUUGUGAUAGCCUAGUAUAGGUUUUUGAAACCUAAACAAGGGAACUUGAGGUGUUAUGUGUUACUUUCUAGGUUAUGAAUUGCCUAACCUAAGAGUUAGGUAAUGACUUUAUGUAUGAUAGACCAUGUUAAGGGUAAGUAAGAGGAGUUAGAGUACGACUCAAGGAUAGAUUUCGGAGAUGAAAUCUUUUAAGGAGGGGAGAAUUGUAACAUCUCGUUCUGGAAAACCCAUAUUCCGAUCGCUAGAAAGUUCGCGAUUUAAUAUCGAGCGUUUUAACAGUAUUUCGGCGAAAAUCGGAUUAUCGAUCGAUCGGAUAAGUAUACGUAUUAAUUAUAUAUAUAUAUUAUAUAUAAUUAUUAAAUGAAAAAGGGAAAGUGUAAAUAAAAGGACGGUAAGUGAAACCGCUUUACAAUUAUAUAUAUAUGUCCACAAAUUGCAUCGGUCACAAUUUCAUUCUCAUCUUCCCAUUUCCCUUUCUCAAACACGCGGAGGAACAGAGAGAAACAGAGACGCGCACAGAAGGUCGAAGUAAAAGCUCAGAGCUCAAUUUUUGAGCAUUAGUGAUCCAAAAAUCCCGUAAGUAAUGUCUAAUUCAUCUAUACAUCGUGAUUUAUCGAUUUAGAGCUUUACAAUGAGUUUUUGGUUCAGGAAUUUCUUGAAUUCCCGAUAAGCAAAAUUAGGGUUUCGGAGUAUCCGGAAGCCGGAUUGAGCCCAAAUUUCAUAUACGAGCUUCCUGCAGCGAGGUAAUCAAUCAUCUAGUUCUAAUCCCUGAAUUUCGGCUAUUAUUUAGGCCGGGGUCCAAACCGCUAAAUUUAGCUCCGGCCAGGGUUUGAUGUGUUUUUAUCAAGAAUUUGACCCGGAGCCUAGAACUAAUAUUGACGGGGAUACUGCAGGGCAUAUUAGGACGGUGUCGGAUUUUAAUUCGGGGUUUGUUCCUGAAAUUGACGUUUUAGUACGGGAAGCUAAAAUCGGUGUUUGAAUGACUAGAACUGGUGAGGGAUUAGCACGGCAUCCCGGGUUUUUCGUAUCACGAUAAUUAUAUUGAUGCUUAGAAUUGAUCUAGGUGAACUAGAAUGGCAUGAUUAGGGGUGUAUGAACUUUUGUGCUAUAUGUUGAACCCUGGAUUGUUGUAUGAUAUUAUUGACUUGCCCUAAUCGAUAUGAACCUUGUUUAUGCUGAUGAUUGUGUAUAUGUUGCAAAUUGUGGGCUGGACUGUUAAUAUGCUUUACGAUGGUUCGAGAAGGUGAUUAGGUAUGACUUUUCAUGAUUGUUGUAUUUGGAUGCACAAGUGGGAAAAUAUAUAUUCCCUGGUGAUAUUAUGAUGUUUAAGGAGGAUGACUUGCACGAGGGUUUAUCCCGAGGAAGUGCAAUUAUACGACUCCUGAUUUACCUAUGUUGAGCCAAUUAUGGCCAGGUCAAGUACAUGUGCAAGUAAUGAAUUAUGAUUAAGCAAGAUGAUAUAUGAAUCAUGUAUAAGGAUACCAAAUAUGACUGUUGUGGUCUCACGGUCAACUACAUAGUAAUUAGGGCUCCCUAUGCUAUUACUCUAUUAUGAUAAGUAUGAUAGUCACACCUCUCAUGUGGUGGUGACUGAAGAUUUCUUAUGAGAUAUGACCACACCCAGAGUGGUGUCGGGGUAUGACUACACCCAUAGUGGUGUGGGGUAUGUAUGACCACAUCCGACGGGAUGUUGGGGUAUGUAGACUACAUCCGACGGGAUGUGGGGUAUGUUUCCCGGGAGAGUUAUUAGCAUGGGAGUAGCCAGGCGCCUAUAAGUAAAACAUGAUAAGAUGC